CAGCACCAGUUCUUUAUGCCCCCACCCCACCCAGACAAUGAAGAAGACCCAGAGGAGGAUUUAUCAGAAGCGGAGACUCCAAAGCUCAAGAAGAAAAAAAAGCCUAAGAAACCUCGAGACCCUAAAAUCCCUAAGAGCAAGCGCCAAAAAAAGGAGCUGGGGGACAGCUCUGGGGAGGGGCCCGAGUUUGUGGAGGAGGAGGAAGAGGUCGCUCUGCGGUCAGACAGCGAAGGUAGCGACUAUACUCCUGGCAAGAAGAAGAAGAAGAAGCUCGGACCUAAGAAAGAGAAGAAGAGCAAGUCCAAGCGGAAGGAGGAGGAAGAGGAGGAGGAGGAUGACGAUGACUCCAAGGAACCGAAAUCAUCUGCCCAGCUUUUGGAAGACUGGGGCAUGGAAGACAUUGACCAUGUGUUCUCAGAGGAAGAUUACCGUACCCUCACCAACUACAAGGCUUUCAGCCAGUUUGUCCGACCCCUAAUUGCUGCUAAAAACCCCAAGAUUGCUGUCUCCAAGAUGAUGAUGGUCUUGGGUGCAAAGUGGAGGGAAUUCAGUACCAACAACCCCUUCAAGGGCAGCUCUGGAGCUUCGGUGGCGGCUGCAGCUGCAGCGGCUGUGGCUGUGGUGGAGAGCAUGGUGACAGCUACUGAAGUCGCACCGCCCCCUCCCCCUGUGGAGGUGCCUAUCCGCAAGGCCAAGACCAAGGAGGGCAAAGGUCCCAAUGCUCGGAGGAAGCCCAAAGGCAGCCCUCGAGUGCCUGAUGCCAAGAAGCCUAAACCCAAGAAAGUAGCUCCUCUGAAAAUCAAGCUGGGAGGUUUCGGCUCCAAGCGUAAGAGAUCCUCGAGUGAGGAUGAUGACUUAGAUGUAGAAUCUGACUUCGAUGAUGCCAGCAUCAAUAGCUACUCUGUUUCGGAUGGUUCUACCAGCCGCAGUAGUCGGAGCCGCAAGAAACUCCGGACCACUAAAAAGAAAAAGAAAGGCGAGGAGGAGGUGACUGCUGUGGAUGGUUAUGAGACAGACCACCAGGACUAUUGUGAGGUGUGCCAGCAAGGCGGUGAGAUCAUCCUGUGUGACACCUGCCCCCGAGCCUACCAUAUGGUGUGCCUGGACCCAGACAUGGAGAAGGCCCCCGAGGGCAAGUGGAGCUGCCCACACUGUGAGAAGGAGGGCAUCCAGUGGGAGGCUAAAGAAGACAAUUCUGAGGGUGAGGAGAUUCUUGAAGAGGUUGGGGGUGACCCAGAAGAGGAAGAUGACCACCAUAUGGAGUUCUGUCGAGUCUGCAAAGAUGGCGGGGAGCUGCUAUGCUGUGACACCUGCCCUUCUUCAUACCAUAUCCACUGCCUGAACCCCCCGCUGCCAGAGAUCCCAAAUGGCGAAUGGCUCUGUCCCCGUUGUACUUGUCCAGCUCUUAAGGGCAAAGUGCAGAAGAUCCUAAUUUGGAAGUGGGGCCAGCCACCAUCUCCCACCCCAGUGCCUCGGCCUCCAGAUGCUGACCCUAAUACUCCCUCUCCGAAACCCUUGGAGGGGCGGCCGGAGAGACAGUUCUUUGUAAAAUGGCAAGGCAUGUCUUACUGGCACUGCUCCUGGGUAUCAGAACUGCAGUUGGAGCUGCACUGUCAGGUGAUGUUCCGAAACUAUCAGCGGAAGAAUGAUAUGGACGAGCCACCUUCUGGGGACUUCGGUGGGGAUGAAGAGAAGAGCCGAAAGCGAAAGAACAAGGACCCUAAGUUUGCAGAGAUGGAAGAGCGCUUCUAUCGCUAUGGAAUAAAACCGGAGUGGAUGAUGAUCCAUCGAAUCCUCAACCACAGUGUGGACAAGAAGGGCCAUGUUCACUACUUAAUCAAGUGGCGAGACUUACCCUAUGAUCAGGCAUCUUGGGAGAGUGAGGAUGUGGAGAUUCAGGACUACGACCUGUUCAAGCAGAGCUACUGGAAUCACAGGGAGUUAAUGAGGGGUGAGGAAGGACGACCUGGCAAGAAGCUCAAGAAGGUGAAGCUUCGGAAACUGGAGAGGCCUCCGGAGACCCCAACUGUUGACCCAACAGUGAAGUAUGAGCGACAGCCAGAGUACCUGGAUGCCACAGGUGGCACUCUGCACCCCUACCAAAUGGAAGGCUUAAACUGGCUGCGCUUCUCCUGGGCUCAGGGUACUGACACCAUCUUGGCUGAUGAGAUGGGCCUUGGGAAAACUGUGCAGACCGCAGUCUUUCUCUAUUCCCUCUACAAGGAGGGUCAUUCCAAAGGCCCCUUCUUAGUAAGUGCUCCGCUUUCUACCAUCAUCAACUGGGAGCGAGAGUUUGAGAUGUGGGCUCCCGAUAUGUACGUGGUAACCUAUGUGGGUGACAAGGACAGCCGUGCUAUCAUCAGGGAGAAUGAGUUCUCCUUUGAAGACAAUGCCAUUCGUGGUGGCAAGAAGGCCUCCCGAAUGAAGAAAGAAGCAUCUGUGAAAUUUCAUGUUCUGCUGACAUCCUAUGAAUUGAUCACCAUUGAUAUGGCCAUCUUAGGUUCUAUUGAUUGGGCCUGCCUUAUUGUGGAUGAAGCUCAUCGUCUGAAGAACAAUCAAUCUAAGUUCUUCCGAGUUUUGAAUGGUUACUCACUACAGCACAAGCUGUUGCUAACUGGGACUCCAUUACAAAACAACCUGGAGGAACUGUUUCAUCUGCUCAACUUUCUCACCCCUGAGAGAUUCCACAAUUUGGAAGGCUUCUUGGAGGAGUUUGCUGACAUUGCUAAAGAGGACCAGAUUAAAAAACUACAUGACAUGCUCGGGCCUCAUAUGUUGCGGCGGCUCAAAGCUGAUGUGUUCAAGAAUAUGCCAUCCAAGACAGAGCUGAUUGUGCGUGUGGAGCUGAGCCCUAUGCAGAAGAAGUACUACAAGUAUAUUCUCACACGGAAUUUUGAAGCACUUAAUGCUCGAGGUGGUGGCAACCAGGUUUCCCUGCUAAAUGUGGUGAUGGAUCUUAAGAAGUGCUGCAACCACCCUUACCUCUUCCCUGUGGCGGCAAUGGAAGCCCCUAAGAUGCCUAAUGGCAUGUAUGAUGGCAGUGCCCUAAUCAGAGCAUCUGGGAAAUUGUUGCUGCUACAGAAGAUGCUUAAGAACCUUAAGGAGGGAGGGCAUCGGGUUCUCAUCUUUUCCCAGAUGACCAAGAUGUUGGACUUGCUAGAGGAUUUUUUAGAACAUGAAGGUUAUAAAUAUGAACGUAUUGAUGGUGGGAUCACUGGGAACAUGCGACAGGAGGCUAUUGACCGCUUCAAUGGUAAGAGAAGAGUGGCAUAUUUCCAGGCAAUCAUUUUCUUCUUUUUGGUUUUUCGAGACAGGGUUUCUCUGUGUAGCUUUGCGCCUUUCCUGGAACUCACUUGGAACAUAAGAUUGCCGGUUUUGCUUGAUCAACUCCAGGCCUUUAGUAGAGCCCACCGAAUUGGGCAGAAUAAGAAGGUGAUGAUCUACCGGUUUGUGACCCGUGCGUCCGUGGAGGAGCGCAUCACCCAGGUGGCCAAGAAGAAGAUGAUGUUGACGCACUUGGUGGUGCGGCCUGGGCUGGGCUCCAAGACCGGCUCCAUGUCCAAACAGGAGCUCGAUGACAUCCUCAAAUUCGGCACUGAGGAGCUCUUCAAGGAUGAAGCCACAGACGGGGGCGGAGACAACAAAGAGGGAGAAGACAGCAGUGUCAUCCAUUAUGAUGACAAGGCCAUUGAACGACUGCUGGAUCGCAACCAGGAUGAGACCGAAGACACAGAGUUGCAGGGCAUGAAUGAGUACUUGAGCUCAUUCAAAGUGGCCCAGUAUGUGGUACGGGAAGAAGAAAUGGGGGAGGAAGAGGAGGUAGAACGGGAAAUCAUAAAACAGGAAGAAAGUGUGGAUCCUGACUACUGGGAGAAAUUGCUGCGGCACCAUUAUGAGCAGCAGCAAGAAGAUCUAGCCCGAAAUCUGGGCAAAGGAAAAAGAAUCCGUAAACAGGUCAACUACAAUGAUGGCUCCCAGGAGGACCGAGAUUGGCAGGACGACCAGUCCGACAACCAGUCCGAUUACUCAGUGGCCUCAGAGGAAGGUGAUGAAGACUUCGAUGAAAGAUCAGAAGCUCCCCGCAGGCCCAGUCGCAAGGGCCUGCGGAAUGAUAAAGAUAAGCCAUUACCUCCUCUGUUGGCCCGAGUUGGUGGAAAUAUUGAAGUACUUGGUUUUAAUGCUCGUCAGAGAAAAGCAUUUCUUAAUGCAAUUAUGCGAUAUGGCAUGCCACCUCAGGAUGCUUUUACCACUCAGUGGCUUGUGAGAGAUCUUCGAGGCAAGUCAGAGAAAGAAUUUAAGGCUUACGUGUCACUCUUCAUGCGGCAUUUAUGUGAGCCUGGGGCAGACGGGGCGGAAACUUUUGCUGAUGGUGUCCCCCGUGAAGGCCUGUCUCGGCAGCACGUUCUUACAAGGAUUGGUGUCAUGUCCUUGAUUCGGAAAAAGGUUCAGGAGUUUGAGCAUGUGAACGGGCGCUGGAGCAUGCCCGAACUGGCUGAAGUAGAGGAAAGCAAGAAACUGUCUCAGCCAGGCUCACCCUCUCCAAAGACUCCUACACCUUCCACCCCAGGGGACACACAGCCCAAUACUCCUGCACCUGUGCCACCUGCUGAGGAUGGGAUAAAAAUAGAGGAGAAUAGCCUUAAAGAAGAAGAGAGCACAGAAGGAGAAAAGGAGGUGAAGCCUACGUCUACAGCCCCUGAGGUGACUGCGGAGGGUGCACAGCCCCCUGCUCCUGCCCCUGCCCCUGCCCCUGAGGAUGAAAAGGCUCCUGCUGAACCUCCUGAGGGAGAGGAGAAAGGGGAGAAGGCAGAGGUGAAGGAGAGGACAGAGGAGCCGAUGGAGGUGGAGCCCAAAGGCUCUGCUGAGACAGACAAGGUGGAGGAGAAGUCUGCAAUAGACCUGACCCCUAUCGUGGUGGAAGACAAAGAAGAGAAGAAAGAGGAAGAAGAGAAAAAGGAGGUAAUGCUUCAGAAUGGAGAAACGCCCAAGGAUCUUAGUGAUGAGAAGCAGAAGAAAAACGUCAAACAGCGCUUCAUGUUCAACAUUGCAGACGGGGGUUUCACUGAAUUGCACUCCCUUUGGCAGAACGAGGAGCGGGCCGCCACAGUCACCAAGAAGACGUACGAGAUCUGGCACCGCCGGCAUGACUACUGGCUGCUGGCUGGCAUUAUAAACCAUGGCUAUGCCCGAUGGCAGGAUAUCCAGAAUGACCCACGGUAUGCCAUCCUCAAUGAGCCUUUCAAGGGGGAAAUGAAUCGUGGCAAUUUUCUAGAGAUCAAGAAUAAAUUUCUAGCUCGAAGAUUUAAGCUCUUAGAACAAGCCCUGGUGAUCGAGGAGCAGCUUCGAAGGGCCGCUUACCUGAACAUGUCAGAGGACCCCUCUCACCCGUCUAUGGCCCUAAACACUCGUUUUGCUGAGGUGGAGUGUUUGGCAGAAAGUCACCAGCACCUGUCCAAGGAGUCCAUGGCAGGAAAUAAGCCAGCCAAUGCAGUCUUACACAAAGUCCUGAAACAGCUGGAGGAACUAUUGAGUGACAUGAAAGCUGAUGUGACUCGACUCCCAGCUACUAUUGCCCGCAUCCCCCCGGUUGCUGUGAGGUUACAGAUGUCAGAGCGGAACAUUCUCAGCCGCCUGGCAAACAGGGCACCAGAACCUCCCCCACAGCAGGUAGCCCAGCAGCAGUGAAGACCCAGUGAUUCUAUCACCUCCACCACAGAGCAGUGACCUUCCUCACUUUCUCUUGUCCCGGCUGCCCCCUGGGGGCUGGAGAGAUCUGGCCUUCCUUCUGCCCAUCGUCUGAGUUGUAAAGGAACAGCCCUAUGCACUAGGGGCAGGGAGGGAGUGCAGGCAAUGGCGCCCUUCCUGCUGGAGAGGCAGCAGCAGUAGCACGGGGCGGGCGCCGUGUGCAAGGAGCUGCGGGCUGGCUGCCUUCUGGACCCUGGCUUCUCCCCACCCAGCGAGCGCCUGUUACAAACUGUUGUGGGUUCUGCCAGGCUUGAAGAAAAUGAUCUGAAUUUCUUCCUCUUUUUGGUUUUAUUUUGUUGGUUUACUUUGUGUUUUCUCCUUUGGGGGUAUUCAGAGUGGGCCGGGCCCCUGGGCGAGACACAGCUACCUCUGUUGGCAUCUUUUUCAUACCAGGAACCCAGCGGCUCCAGCCACUGAGCGCUUAAAUAAAGUUGGAAAAAAAAAAAAGGAAAAGAACCAAAAGCAUAAAAAACCACAACAAAUUUCUUGAUGAGAAUUGAAAAUAAAAGUUUCCUUGUAUUUUA